AUGGCUCCUCUUCGUCUUUCGGGCCCACGCGUAAUCGGCGUCCUGAAACUGGCUGCCUUCAUAUUACCGGCAGUAACCGGCUCGGCGAUUGACAGGCUCAAAUUAUCCGCGAAUCAGAACAACGAGCUCGCACUCGCACUCUCCGAGCGGCAAAAUGGUGGCGUUCCAGACGUUCCGCCCCAAUGCGCCACUGUUUGUAACCCAAUCAACCUGAUUCUCGAGACCGGCACCUGUCCCCCGACAACAUGCUGCUCUCCACUCUUCGAAAGCGGGUACUUCAGCUGUUUGCUUUGCGUUGGCAAGGCAGAUAAUGCGACCAGUUCCGAUUUUGCACAGGCGCAAAGCCUGGUUGAUAACCUCGUCGUCGCUUGCUCCCGCCUCGGUUUUCCUCUGCCCGAUCUGACGCUUCCGGGCCAAAACUCAAGUCGCAUCAUACCGACUGCCUCGAUCGGAUCGUCAACCAAUUCCAAGUCACAGUUGACGGUGUCAGUCCUCCCAAGCACAAUCGCCAGCACAACACGCUCACAAGUGACCAUCUCGAAUAUCCCAUCCAGUGUUGGGCUACCGUCAGCGCAGAGUCCGACUCUACCCACCACAACACCAAAUGCAGCGGUCAAGAAAGAUGUUGGGUGGUUGCUUGUGUUAACAUUGUUCACUUAUUUCAUUUGA